AAAGUAAAGAGUAUUUUUUUUUAAUCUUUUCCCAUUUUCUCUACCGGCAUUUUUCAAAGAAGAAACAAUGGAUUCUUCUGAGUCGACAAUGGACACUAUCACACAAGACGAAGCCGAACUAUAUGACAGACAAAUUAGACUAUGGGGACUCGAUGCUCAGAGGAGGUUCAGUAACGUUUUGUUAAUAAUGUAAAAUGAAUGUGUGACUCAGGACGUCACUAAUAAAUCAAAUCAUGACUUUUUUUCAGACGCAUCUCAUGUUUUAUUCAUUUUAAUAAGGAAAAUUAUCAAGAUUAAAAAUAUUUUUUGCGGAAUAUUAACAAAAACUAAAAUUGUAUUUUGUGGUUUUAUUUAGAAGAACUCAUAUUUAACUGUGUUCCCUGAAAAUAUCAUAUUUUUGUCUCAUUUUAUUAAAAAGUUAUAAUUAUAGGCAUACAAACAAUAACAAUAGCAAUAUGAAUAUGAGGGUGACGAAAUGUGGAGGAAAAUCCCAUAGUGAAAAAGGGGUUUUGAGGUCCUUACUAAAAAAUUCAUAACUUAUGAACCACUUGAGCUAAAAAGUUGGGUAAUGUUGUAUUUUAGCUUCGGUAAUUAAAAAAAUUUAAAAAUUGUUAAAAAAUAAUUAAAACCAUAUAAAACAAUUUUAAUGUUUAUUCAGUGACAGAAAAUGCGUGUUCAUUUAUCUAUAAUUUAUAAUUGUCAGCCAAAGACAUGAUGAAUUGUGAGAAUAAGUCUACAUCGCCGCCAAAGUAACAACGAUAAGCAAACUCGUUCAAAUAGGACGAAAAAAGAGCACGACUUGUCCCGAAUUGUCUCUUCAGUUUGCUCUUAGCCCGCAUCCACAUAUUCUCAAUGUUCUGUGUGUGGACUUCUGCAUCGUUCGGGUCAACGAAGUUGUGUUGAUGGGAAACAACUGAAUGUUGAUAUAUUCCACCUCCUAUCCUGUCAACUUGCGCAUAAGCUGCGCAACCUUCAGAUAUGAUGUGAGAACCUGGCAAAAUAUGCUGCUGUAUGCAGGCCUGCAAAGUUGCUGCAUUUCUGUUUGGGACUUCAAUCAGAAAGCAUUUUCCACUUUCACGCUCGAUACCUCAAAAACCCAAUGUCCAUCUCGCCACUGGCCUCGAUGGUAUUUCCGGUGAAAGUAUUUAGUCUCAUCGAUUUCAACUACGAUAGAAUCGCCAUUAGCAUCAAAGCCCCCAAUUUCAACUGCAUUUGAAUUAAGCCAGAUCUCCGCAUCCUCACGCAUAAAGUUACACCCGUCUACCAAUGUUGCCUUCUCCCUCACACCAGUUUUACGAGCCAUCUGUUUCUGUGGCAUGUCGCAUGCCCAACAGUACGUCAUAAUAGUAACUUGCCUCAGUGUGAAGAACGAGCCAUCUCGUACAGACUUUUUGAAGCCACACCCAUCACAAGCCCAUCUAUGCCCAUCAAUUCCCUGUGCAUAUCGGUUGAGUGUACACGGUUGUUGACAACGUCCACAAGUUAUUGUGUUUUUGAGCAAGCGCCUUUGUGCGCACCAUUGUAGAGCUGCAAAACUAUUUGUCAAUUGUUGUCCCAAUGUAACCAGUGUCCAAAUCGGUUUAUUUUUUAUGUCCUGAUCAGUUAAUACAGCAUUAGGCAACACAAGAAAACUAUUGUUUUUGGGUCUGCCGGCCAUUUUCUUUAUUACUUUUAGCUAAAAACCGGAAAUACAGAACUUCGGCAAUGAAUUUUUUUUUUAUUACCGACGCUAAAAUACAACAUUACCAAAAGUUGAUCUUGUGUUUUUGUAAACCAUUGUAUGGGCUCUAUACAGCUGUAGUAUUUUUAUAUUUUUAAAAAUGUUUUGAAAUUUUAAUCAAAGUGCCUACAUGUAGUAAUUUAGGACUAGUCUAGUUGAUCUAGUCCGCAGUACACAAAGACAACGACAAUUUCAACACAGGCACAGUGAAUUGAGUGAAACCUGGAUGGAAUAAUUAAUACAAACCCAUGGCACCUAAGCAAAAUUGGAGCCGUUUGCAGGAGGCUAAAGUUGCACUAUUAGUAAUUAGUACUAUUAGUAUUAUGGGUGGCCAAAUGGUCUAAACUGAGCAAACCUCAAGUUGGUGGUCUGGUGUUCAAGUCCAGCAAAAGACCAGUCAAGCAAAAACAUCACCCCGGGUGGAUGUGACUCGUUAACCUUGGUCAGCAACUCAUCUAAGAGAAGGAAACUCUGAAUUCAAACCCGGAGUUGGAGUCCCGUAAGGCGCAAACAAUGACAAUUCCUGCAACCGAACACAUCCCUGGUCAUCUUGACUUAGAGUCUUGCUACUGGAUAUAGUGGGCUCGGACGAGAGAGUGAGGUAGACGCAGCGCAACUCUUCUUCACUUUAAACAAAAUCAUCCGCGCAAGUCAUCAGUCCCCAGACGACUCGAUGGUCCUCGACGGACGAACAAUAAAAAUACUAUUAGUAUUAGUAUACUAUUAGCAGUAGUCUCAGCCAAAAUGAUGAUCAUGCUCCUCCAUAGUCCAAGACCAUACUUAGGCAUACUUUGAACGAAGAAGACAUAUAUAGUAUAUAGUGUCAUUCAUAUAGUCUUGUACUUAUAGUCAUAUGUUGAAAAUAUUUAAGAAGAUUUAUAAAGUAAAACCAUUUACAAACUGAAAGUACAUAUUUUAUAAUAUACUAUAUUUACUAUGAUUUAUACAUAUCACAUGACAUCAGAAUCAUAUUCAUAUUUUCACAUUAUUGACUUUGAAAUUGUACUUACUUAUUUACCUUAAUGCCUUUUUUACCCCCCUGGGACAUAGGCCGUCUACAAGAAUUUUCUAUUUAUUUUGAUCCGGUGCUUUCCUUUCCAGGUGUAUCCCAUACUUUGUGUGUCUGCCUCUAGCUUGUGUCUCCAUGUAUUCUUUGAUCUUCCCCUCUUUCUUUUUCCUUGUGGAUUCCAUGUGUUAGGCCAGUUACGGAUUGUCUGUUGAUGUUAUCAGGGGGUUUGCGGAGAGUGUGCCCUAUCCACCUCCAUCUUUUCCUUAUGAUGCCUUCAGUAAUAGGCUCCUGGUAUGUUUUUUCCAGUAAGUCUUUGUUGGUGAUGUUGUUUGGCCAUUUGAUGUUGAGGAUCUUUCUAAGGCAAGUGUUUAUGAAGGUCUGUAUUUUCUGCAUAAUGUUUGCUGUUGUUCUCCAAGUUUCUGCUAUAUAGGGUAGGACUUUUUGGGCAUUUGUGUUCAAAAUUCUGACUUGGGUUUGCAGAGUCAGCUCCUUUGACUCCCGUAUUUUCUUUAAUAGCACAAAUUCCGACCUAGCCUUUCCAAUUCUAGCCCUGACAUCUGCUUCUGAUCCACCAUUCAUUUCAGUGGUGUUUUCUAAUUAUGUGAAGGCCUCCACUUCUUCUAGCAUUUCCUGCCAAAGAGAUAUGCUCUUGUUUGGCUGAUUUUACCUUCAUGAUCUUUGUCUUGCUUUUAUUUAUAAUGAGUCCAAGCUUUGCUGAAAUGGUGGCUACACCUUAUGUCUUUUGCUGCAUUUGUUGGGACAGAAGUGCAAUGUCGUCUGCAAAGUCUAAAUCAUUCUGUUGUUCCCAGAGUGUCCACUGUAUCCCAUUCUUCUUUUUGUCUGUGGAUUUUUCCAUUAUCCAGUCAAUGGCCAGGAUGCAUAGAAAGGGGGACAAGCCAUACCCUUAAAUAGGAGAUUAAAUUUCUCCCUACUGACUACGGUGUGUAACAGGAAGGUUGCAGUAAUAAUUCUUGGACCAUGGGCCUCCUAUCCUAUCAGUGCCUCUUGUGCCAUCCGUGUCUUCAUGAAAGCAAUUCCUUGCGUGUGUGGACCAUUUUCUUCCUCAUGCCCUGAGUAUAUUAAUGUUGAGCAGUGUGAGUUUUUAUGUUCUCAUUUCUGCUACCACUUGUGCUAAUUUUCCUGUUUCACACAUGGUCCUAACAAUCCAUGAGCCUAUGUUUAUUGCCUUUGAAAGGUGGACCCUUGGCUUUGAGGCUUCCGGUAUAACCUGGCUUUGGCUGCAAGGCUUCAUAACUCUUCUUGAGGAAGAAUAGCCCACUCUUUCAGGGCUGAAAUUGUUUUGUUUUUCUCUUCUUUUUGGAUUUCCUGUUGCAGUUUGUUUUUUACGGGGGAGGUAGCUGGCCUCACUUCAACCCUCCUCCUUUUGCACACAGGCUUGGGACCGGCCAUGGCAGAGUUUUUUCACAUUGUAUAUAAAUAUAUUUAUAUAUAACAUAGAACAAUUAUGAAACUAAGCGAGAUUUUAGUGCACUUAAACAUUCUUAUUCUUUGCUAAAGUAGACCUACUCAACAGACAGGACGGGGUUUGCUUUUAGCUUGUAUUAGGUACUAUAAUACGCUAUAUUCAAUUAGUUAAUUGAAUUUGUUAUUUAUUAUUAUGAUUAUUUUAUUUUUAGACUGAGAGCUGCAACUGUUCUUCUGAUUGGUAUGAAGGGUUUGGGAGCAGAAGUUGCCAAGAAUAUCAUUCUCUCUGGCAUUAAGGCAAUUACUUUAAUGGAUCCAAAUAACGUAAGAUCUUGCCGCAAAUUUAUUAUAGUAUAAUAAUUUAAUCAUGUUGGGCAAUGAUGUAUCUUGUAAAAUAAAUUAUGAUAUUUUAAUAUAUUUUUGACACUUUUGGCACAUGCUUUUUUUUUUUUCUUCCUACACGCUGUUUAUGGGCUUUGUUAAUCGGCUUUGUCAGAAUAAGUUGUCUAAAAACAAGGUCUUCAAUAUUCCUUUAUGCAUAGCUUUUUACAAUUAUCCAUAUAUGCCCCUUUUUUAUUUUUUUAAAGAUUGACGAUGAAGACAAGAUGUCGCAAUUCUUUGUCUCGAGUGCUGCCCCUGGACAAAAUGUAAGUUUAAUUUCUUCAAAUAGUUUUUUCCAUUGAAAGCUCUUAAAAAAGACUGAUCUCUGAUAUGACACGCGUACUAAUAUCAUCCAUGAACUCUACAUUUUGAAAUUUUGUAUUAUUCAGAGAGCUGAAGCUUCUGUGCCACAAGCUCGUCUUUUGAAUCCAAUGGUGACAGUGACCUCAGACACCAGUGAUCCCAGUGAAAAAGAUGACAACUUUUUCCUUCAGUUUGAUGUUAUUUGUGUGACUUGCUCCCCCACAUCUCUGCAGUGUCGCCUUGACAAACUGUGCUUUGAGAAUAAGAUCAAGUUUUUCUCUGGUGACGUUUUUGGGUUUUAUGGUUUCACAUUUGCUGACCUAGGACUUCAUGAAUAUCUGCACGAGUGAGUCAUUUUUUCACUGUGAUAAACGUCUUUUGAAAAUUUUCUUUCUUCCCAUCAUGGCAAGAACAAAAUCUUGAUAUUUGGUAAGGAAACAUGUAAAGAGCCUACGCACCUCACAGAUUAUUUUUCCCUUGGAGAAUCUGACCACACAAUGAUUUACCUAAUGUCUUGCUACACACCAAGUUUAAAACUAACAAAAAAGACUAGGACGACUGUUAAGACUGACAAGAAUAUUUACAUUAUAAUCAUAACUAUUUCCCAUUUAUUUGAUUCAUUAAAAGAAUCUAAUCCAAUUAACCAACAACAACAAGAUAAUAUAAUAAAUGAAAUGUCACUUUGGUAGCCAUUUUCCCUGAAAUGGGGGGCGGGGGGCCUAAAGUCCUGAGUUAUCAGACCAUGUUUUUAAAAAAAAAAAAAGCUUUCCAGGAGCUGAUCAAAAUAUGUUCAUUUUGUUGACUUCUUCAGCUGAAUUCUUUGCAACCUAGGAAUAAUGCAAAAAAUUAUAAUACUCAGAAAAAAAAAUCUGCAGUUUCCAUUUCUGUAAGAUAGUCAUUAUUAGUUUAAUUUCCCAUUUAUUUGAUUCAUUAAAAGAAUCUAAUCCAAUUAACCAACAACAACAAGAUAAUAUAAUAAAUGAAAUGUCACUUUGGUAGCCAUUUUCCCUGAAAUGGGGGGCGUGGGGCCUAAAGUCCUGAGUUAUCAGACCAUGUUUUUAAAAAAAAAAAAGCUUUCCAGGAGCUGAUCAAAAUAUGUUCAUUUUGUUGACUUCUUCAGCUGAAUUCUUUGCAACCUAGGAAUAAUGCAAAAAAUUGUCAUACUCAGAAAAAAAAAUCUGCAGUUUCCAUUUCUGUAAGAUAGUCAUUAUUAGUCUAAAAAUAAUAUUAAAAGCAUGAGUCCUUGUGGGUCAGAUCUCACACGGUUUCAGAGUAUCAUAUUUUUUCAUUUUUUUUUUUUUUUUACUUAAUUAUGUUUUGAAAAGCACUUCAAAUGAGAUUUAUUUAUUUUGACAUUUUUUAGAGAAGUGAAAAUGAAAAAGCCCAAAGAAGGAGAAGAUAACUCAAAACAAACAGAAGAGACAAUAAGUACAAAGGAAGUAAGUAAUGUAACUUGUUCAUAUAUAAUAAGAGGCAAAUCAGAAAAUUACGAUUCUUCUUCUUCUACAUUUUGAGGGCCCACGAUCACUGUAUUGAUCAUUCUGGCUCCUUUAUUAUUUUUCUUAAAAUAAUGUUUGGGGUCAUGGAAAAUGGUGGCUUUGUUUUUAUGAGGAUUUAUAUUUUUCUUUAAAAGUAACAGAUUGCAAAUAAUAAGUUAUACCAUUACCAGCAAAUACAACUCAUAGGCCUUUUUUAAUGACAUUUUUAUUGAGGCAAAUAAUAUUUCAAAAUCUGAUUUUUAGUUACAGACACAGAAAUUUGGAUUUAGAUGUUUGUGUGCUGAAAUGUAGACCAAGGGGGGAAGUCAAUUAAUCAAGAGUUAACUAAAGAAGCUAGAUUGUAGUGCACCAUCCUUUGUGAUUCCAUUAUUAGCAGAGUACAUUUUUAUUGGUUUUUUGUGUGUGUUAAAUUAAAAAUUUUGAUGGUUGCCUAAUUUGUUGACUUGAAUUUAUUAUAACAUUAAAACCAUUAUUUUUCUUUAGAAAAUUGUAUUCACAAGGUUAGAGGAUGAACUCAAAUUUGACUGGUCAGCAGAUACACCAGAAAUGAAAAGAAAAUUGCGUCAAACACCUUCAGCAUUUUUCAUAACUAGAGGUAAUUCAUCUAUUUUAAAGACAUUGUCGGGUUGAGAAAUGAGAAAUCCAGGAUAAUAUGUCACUACUUUUAUUUCAUUUACAAAUUACAACAUUAAGAAAUGUUUAAAAAAGGAUGGGUUUGGACCAGGCAAUGUUAUGAGUGAUCUGCUUCAUGUAAUUAUUGGAUGGCAUGUUAAUUGGCCUGCAGGGGUUAUUUACCUAAGUAGUCAUACUUUGAGAAUAUUACUGUAUCAUAUAUCACUUUGAGAAUAUUAAUGUAUCAUGUAUAUGUUACUGUUAAGCAUAAAUGUUGAAUUUAUGGAACAUUCAGAUGACAAAAAUUAAAAAGCUGGAAUAUUUCUAUUUCUAAGUUUAUGAAGAGUUUCUUGAGCAACAUGGCCGCCGACCUCACUUAAAAACCAUAGAAGCUGACACCAAAGAACUCCAAAAUCUCCGGAUUCAGUUGUUGAACAAAUUGGGUGUUCCAGCUAAGGUUGUACCCGAAGACUUCUUUCAGUGAGUUCGUUAAUCUAAUAUUUUUUGCAUAUACUUAAGUCACAAUUUUUUAAGAUGGUUACAGUGAAGAAAUACACAUGCUUUUCAAUCACCCUUAAUAACAGCCUAUAUAUAUGUACAAUUCGAUGAUAAUUAAUGUGGUUAAAUUUGUGUCAGUCACGUAAAAUAUAUAGUUAUAUUAACAAAAUUUACUCCUCAGAUGCGGCUUUGGUGAGCUUAGUCCAGUCUGUGCUAUCGUCGGGGGUGUCUUGGCCCAAGAAGUUAUCAAGGUUUGAAAUUUAGAUUUUUGAAAAUAGCAUAAUUUUACCCUAAAUAUUUACAACUAGACAUAGCCCGCCAAACAUUGGCGACACCAAUGCGUGAACUUUUUAUCUACUAAAGUUUCUUGACAAAAUCAUGAACUCAAGUUACGCACAUUUAAGAAUGCUACUUUUGCUACACCUCUCCCCCCCCCCCCCCCCCCUUUUCAUGAUUACAUCACUGCACACUUUUUAUUUCACGCCCAUGAACUCUAUAAAUAUAGCAGACGUCGGGAGCUUGUUGGGGUGUGCGCAUGACUGGCAAGCGAGGGUGGUGCAGGAGGGGGGGGGGCGGUAGCUCCACCGCAGUGCGCAUGUCUGGAGACCAACGAUGGGCAGGCAAGGGAAGGGAGGGGUUUGCCUGCAUCUUGCUUGCUCUGGCAUAUCUAUAUAUAGCCUGCAUGGUCGUAGUCUUCUUGUUUGCCCUACUUCUGGCAAAUUAUAUAAUUAUAUAUAUAGAUUGUGUUAUUCUCAAACAGCACGUUAUUGCUUGCUUGAGAAUGUCAACGUCUAAAUGUGACAUAUAAUUUUCUUGUGGCCUGCAAGGGAAUUUACAUUAUGUUUAUGAGACAAUGCUUAAUGAUAAUAUAUGCUAUUAUCCUUUGCAGCCCUACAGGUAGUUUGAUAGAAAAAUGUGGCUUUUUCUUUUGUGCUACUUAAAGAGCCAUUUAUACUUAACAAAUUGUAUAUUCUUAUUUAUUACUAUCCCUCCUAUGUUAAAUAUUUUAUAUAUACAAUCAUAUAUUUGUGUGCUCAACGUGGCAUUAAACUUAAACAUUGCUUGCCUCACCAUGCUUCUUUCCACCAGGUAGAUACUCAUAAUUUAAUAUGUUGUAAAAUUUUUCAACUGUCCUUAAUUUGACUAUGAUGUUAACACUUGUGUGAACUAUAAACUAUCCAACAUUAAAUUACCAGUUACAUAUUUGUCAUUCCAGGCUGUGUCUCAAAAAGAUGCCCCACUGAACAACUUUUUCCUGUACAAUGGUGUCAAUGAUGAUGGCUUUGAGGCAAAAAUCUCUUUAUAAAAUUUAAUUUUUCUUUUUUAAAAAAAAUUUCUGUUAUUUGAUAUUGUUACCUAAAAAUGAUCUUGUUUUUUUUGUUUGCUUUUUUACCAUUGAACAACCAGUUUUGUGAAAUAACAAUUUUUUAUCAUAAUUUUUCUUUCAAUAAAUCAUCAGUGAAAUUAAAUAUACUCUGGGCAUUGUCUGUAAUAAAUUCAAAACUUAAUAUGUCUCAACCAAUGCACGGACUCAAUGUAAUUUAUUUAAUUUGUUGAGCAGAAUUUAGUUUUUUUAUUGUUUUGAUAUUGACAUCAUUGAUAAUACACUAAAUUAUAAAUGUCAUGCUGUUAAGAAAAUAAUUACUUAAAGUUUAUGUUAAGAAAAAUAAUUAUGUUAAGCAAAUAAUUUCUUUAAAUGUUAAGAAAAUAAUUACUUUUAGUUUAUGCUAAAAUUGUUUCUGUGAAAAUAAAAUAAAACUGGUUAAAUUUGCUC